AUGGCCGGUAAGCUUUCGUACACCAUCACAACACACAUUGUUAUCCGAUCACCUGAGAGUGGAAGGGCAACCCCAAGUCUGGGUUGUGGACCAUCUACCAGAACACGGCUAACAGCGAGAUUAGACGAACCCCGCCGCUCCGGCCGAGCCACCAAAGGCCAACACAAGAACCUCGAACUGCCAGAUGAUCCCGCUAAGAAAGGCAAAAGCAAAAGUCCGAAAGAAAAGAGCGCGAAGUUGUCCGCCGAACCCACACCCGGUCCUAGCGAAGCGGGAGGAGACGAAGAAGAGAUUAUCCGAUGUAUCUGUGGUGAAUAUGAAGAGGAAGAGGAUGUGGAGCGCGAUAUGAUCUGCUGUGACCAAUGUUCAGCAUGGCAACAUAAUGACUGCAUGGGUCUCACAUUCAUGAAAGGUCAAGAACCAGAUCAAUAUUAUUGCGAACAAUGUCGACCAGAGAAUCACACAACCCUCUUGGCAAAGAUCAACGCGGGCGAGAAGCCCUGGGAAGAGGUUGCUGAGAAACGUCGCCAGGAGGCUGAGGAGAAGAAGUCCAAGCGGAAAAAGGGCAAGAAGGGAGGCCGCAAAGGCCGACCCAGUGAGAGCCGGACAGAUGCCAGCACACCAGCUCGCACUGCCCCAUCAACUACACCCGGUCCCAGUGGUUCUCCUGCACCCGCUGUGUCUGUUGUAUCUGUCUCAGUCGAACCAGAGAAGAAUGGCCAUGCUGUUGAUUCUCGACGAUCCAGCACAAACAAGCGCAAACUCGAAGAAACAGUGGAGGCAGAAAAUGUAAAUACGUCUAUUUCACUCCUUCAUCACAUUCAAAAUGCUAACUCGCUUAUCUAUCAGGGACCACAGGUCAAGCAACAACGGGUAUCCCCACAGUCUACCCCAGCGGCCAUUACAGAGGCAACUGCACCCCAAAUCAAGACAGACACUAGCCCCGAGGCACCUGCCAUUGGAGCCCUGGAGGAGCUGAUGCCUGCUCGCAAGACUGUGGCCACACACCUCAUCAAGUUGUUUGUAGACCAGAUUGCUGCAGCCCUGAAAGCAGGCUCCUUUGCCUUGCGUGCGAACCAGUCGGUGGAGGACAUGGCACAACAACUCGCUCUUUCUAUUGAGGAUGCCAUGUAUGAGAGUAUCUGUGGGCGGUCAGGCGAGCCCAAUGAAUCAUAUAAGGCGCAAUUACGGUCGAUCAUGUUCAAUGUAAAGAAGAAUGCUUCUCUGCGAGAUCGUCUGAUAAUAGGUAGUCUCUCCCCUAAGUUGCUGUCUCAGAUGACAUCAGCAGAGAUGGCCAGCGAAGAACUACAGCAAAAGGACGCCGAAAUCAAGCGAGAAGCAGACAGGCAUCACACCAUUGUCCAGGAACAAGGUCCCCGGAUUCGACGCACCCAUAAAGGAGAAGAGUUGAUCGAAGAUGAACACCAUGGCGCGAACGAGUCUGUCUUCUCCCGUGGACCUCGUCGCAUUGCGGGCGAUGAUGGCAGUCCAACCAAUAAAAGCCCAACCAGCCCGAUUGGACUACGGCAAGCAAAGACAGAGACAGAUGGAUAUGUUCGGGGUCUGUCACCUGAGGGUGCUCACCAUGACCACGUCUUCCCGGAAGUGGCUCCCGCCAUCUACGAGCCACUCCCUAGUGGCAGGGUCCAAGCAGAUGCUGAGAUCGAUCAGCUCUUGCGCGACGAUGAACCUUAUUCACCCCCUUAUUCGCCCAAGGACUUUGACGACGACGGCACCAUCUGGCGCGGCAAGGUAACGAUGCCUCCAAUUGGCGAGUUCUCCUCGUCCGCGAAGCAUGUGGGAGGUGCGGACUUGAGUGGGCGGAUCCCAUGGAGUCAACUGGCGCCCUCCACAUUGGUUGUUGAUGGCCGUAUCGAUAUCCGACGGGCAACUGAUUAUCUAUGCGGCCUUCAGUUCAGCAAGUCUACCGAUGUGUCUGUCAUCGCAAUCAGUAGUCCUGAUCAGCCUACGGAUCGAGCAGGCUUCGACAAGAUGUUUGACUACUUCCAUAGUCGUGGGCGUUACGGCGUCAUUGGAAAGCACCCGCUGUCCGCCGUCAAAGACACCUACAUUGUCCCAAUGGAGAUCGGCACCACGACAAUGCCCGAGUUCAUUGAGCUGCUGGAAAACAUCUCACUGGAGGCACCCAUUACUCAACGCAUGCUUCUUACCAUUUUUGUCGUCAAGACUGGCGACUCCAACCCUUCAUCUGUUCAGCCGCCAUCCCACCAGGCUAGCCAGGAGCCACCUGUCUCUGCGAGCCCCACAGUCACAGCAGCGACUCCCCAGCAACCCCAGUUCAGCGCUGGAAUUGCACCAACUCCCCCCUCCCACUUUGGUGGAUUCAACCCGAAUCCCGCAGCGUACGGCCAGCAGGCCCCUGUACAGCAAGCCCAUGUCACCCCUCAACAUCAGCCUGCUCUGACCGGCCUCCCCGCCGCGGUGCAAGUCCUCGGCCCCCAAGUUGAUGCUCCUGCCAUUCAGCAACUUCUGAAGACUGCACCUAAUGUGGACAUGGCGCAGCUGAGUGUCGUUCGCGACAUUCUGGCCCGCCAACCUGCUGCUGCUGCCCAUUACGAUACUUUGAUGCAAGCUCUAUUUGAGACCCAAGCAAACGGCCACGUGCCCCAGUAG